UCAGUGACUUAAUUUCAAGAACCUUUUAAACGGAUGACAAUUUCUCAAUGGAGCCUUCAAAAUUAGCAUAGAAGAAUAGAUAAUAAUAAAAAGAUUUUGUUGUUGAUAUGUUUCACUACAAAGAAAGUGAUUCAUCUCCUAUCUAUUUCCAAAGCAACAAAACUCAAAAUGAUAUUCAGAGUGUCUCCUCAAAAACAAAUGAAUUUUUCAUUAUUCAACCAUUAAAAAUUCUUAUUCAAAAGAAUAAACAUUCCACACAAAGUGUAUUAUUAGUUUUAGAUUUUGAACAGGUUAACCAUAGUAAAUUCACUUCAUCAACCAUACAAACGAAUAAUGUUCCAAGAUAUAAUACAUUGAAUUCCAAUAGCACUAUACUUACAACACAUAAGUUAGAUUCAUCUCUUCAAUCACAACUAGAUCCCUCAGUAUCUGUUGUUGAUAUACACAAUAAACUGAAUAUACAAUCUGGAUAUGAAUCACAAAUUAAUGAAAGCAGAAAUCCUACAAAUCUAGAUCAUAUUCAUAGAAUAACCGAUGGGCAACAACGUUAUUUAACAGAAGUCAAGUUGUAUUUAUGUAAUAAUAGAACAAUGAACUGUAAAAAUUAUGAUUCUGAAAAUUUAAAUGAUUCAAUUUCAGAGAGAAUUUCUCAUGUUAAAGCUGUACCAUGUGAAAUAGUCCAUACGCAAUAUUACCAUUCUCCUAAAGAGCAUUUUCCACAAGAUAUUCCACUAUCGUUCGUGUCAGUAUCUAACUGUGUUUCUAUCAGCUGUUCAUUGCCACCACAAAUUUCUGUAAGAAAUACAAUCCAAGAUUGUAAUUUAAAAAUGGGGGACAUUUUUGUAAGCAGAAAUAAAAACAAUACAAAUUCUAUAUUUCAAGAAACAAUUUUCCCUAAUAUAAAGACACCGAUGAAUCAGUGUCCUUUAAAGUCGACGAAUAAUGAAAUAAACUCAUCACUAAAAUCUGAUGAAAUACCAUUGAAAAGUGUUAAAGAUUGUUCAAAUCCAUACAAAAAUAGUUAUCCAUAUAGUGGGAAAAAAUCUGUCGGUAUGCAGUUUAAAUUAUUUGAAAAAACUCAGGCACUAAAAGAGAUUGCGAUUCAAACAACUUAUGAAGACACGGAAACAUUUUUCCAGACAAAGAAAUUCAAACAUCCAUUAGAAAAAACUUUCGUACCAUUAAAUGAACAACGAAGUAAUGACCUCUCAUUUUCUCCCAAACAAACUCCUAACAAAAGUGACUACAAUCAAGUAGAGUCUAAUUAUCUGAAUGACAACAUAAUUUAUGUUAAUCAAAAAGGUAAAUUUGGUGAUGCAGGUACAACAGAUAUAGAUAAUAGGACAUAUGUUUGUAGCUGUCUUCAUUUCGAUUGCCCGACAGAACAAACUGAUACAACUUUUAAAAGUGAGACUCAAAGUGAAAAUCUGAAUAACGAUUAUUGGUAUAAAAAUAACUGCCAAACAUUUUAUCAUGUAAACGCUCAUAUUCCUCAGACAAAACCGAAAUAUUCAAAAAAUUCGCAAAGUUUUCCAACAGAAUCUUGUUCAUACUUUUCAAUUUGGGAAAAAGUAUCAUCAAGAAAAUCAAAUAUUAUGAAAGCAAAUCAUGAUGUCAAACAUGAGCACAAAUGUAUGGAACAAUAUUCAAACAAAAAGCAAAUCAUUUUUGAUAACCAUCAAAGUAAUAACAAACUAACAUCUAAGAAAUGGGAUGAAAGUUCACAAUCCUCUUUCAGUAUAAUGAAUGUGGAUUUCGAUAAACAAUCAUGUCGAUCUAACGACGGAAAGGGUGUUGUAUAUUCCAAUACAAAGAAAGAAAUUCGAUAUGAUGGUGUGAUGGACGAAUGUAACAGAAUAUGUACUUCUAGCCCUAGCGAGAGCAAAACGAACUCAAAUUUACUGGCAGUCAAUUCUACCAUAAGAGACAGUGAGAAUGAAAAAUCCUACAUAUUACAUAAGUGGUUACAAGAACAGGUAGCCUAUUCAACUGGAAGAAACAUGUCUAAACUUAGUGAAGAGAUUCCAUCCUUGGAGGUUAAUCGCUCACCUACUUCUCCAAAAUGUCAGAUCUUGGAUUCUGCUGGAAGCAAACAUCCUAUUAUUUCAAAGAAUAUCACAGAAAAGGAAAUUAGAUUUUCCAGUAUCGUGUCGCCUUCUGUAUGUUCUUUAUCAUCUUCGACACUGUCGGUGUUUCAUAUUGACUCGAAAAAAAUUUCUAUGACUUCAGAAAGCAAUGAUCAACCGAGAAAAAACAGUAUUGUUGUUCAAAAAUCCAGUGAUAAGUUUCCAAUAUUUCAAAGCAUAAACAAAUAUUAUACAACUGAAAUUCAAAAUGGUUGGACUUCAUCAUAUAAAAAAUGUGAACAACUGUUCAACAGCCUUAAUCCUGAACGAAAUUUAAGUUCAAACAAGAAGUUCAAAAAUAUCGAAACAAGUUCACAAUAUGGAUUAUUUACUCUUAAAAUUCAUAAUGGAAGAUCAAAGCAACGAUUAAAGUGUAGAGAACCUUUAAAUAUUCUUUCAAAUUCUUUAUCUUCAUCAAGCAGACUUCAAUCAAAAUUUAACUCAUUUGAAGUUAAUUCACAGAAAGCAGAGGCCAGUUCAUCAAAUCAUCAUGUAACAGAUGAAAACAUUGAUCGAAAUUCAUUAUUAUUUCAAAUUAACAGACAGUCUAACGAAAAUUUAACGACGGAUAAUCAAAGAAAAUCAUCUUCCAUUUCAGAAAAUCACCUAAACAAGACAGCAGAAAUUCUAACUUCUAAAAUUAGAUCAAACUGCUUUACAUAUAUGAAUGCGGAUUCUUUCACAAUUAAUAAUAAUGAACAUUAUAAUAAUGAUUUCAAAGAGAUUUUUGAAUUAAGUCCAUAUGAUGAUUUAGUAAAAAGUUAUUUAACUACUACUGAUAGAAGGAUAAAAGCCAUUGCUACAAAAAAUAAUUGUAUAAUCAAACUACAUGGACCAUUUACACUAUCUAAACAUGUAAAAAGUGAUAGAGUUAAUCUGUCUAAAAUUAAAUAUGAAUGUCAUGUUUAUGCUCUAAAUGAAAAGAUGCUUAAAAAAUGCAUAAAUUAUAUUAAAGAAACCUUUCCCAACUCUGUAUUACAUUUUAUUCAUAGAAAGUAA